ACUUGUUCGAUUUGACAAGGUCUAAAUGUUAGUGUCAAAAGUGAAAUGAAAAUAUUUUGAUAAACAAGCCCAGGCUUUCCUAAAAAAUUACCACCGUUCUGACAUGUAAAACCGUAAAUUAACCACAGCAGUUUUUUCUAUGAACGAAAAUCGUCAGUGAAAUGCCUCAAAUAAAGCUAUCGACCAACGUAAAUCCGGCCGUUGGGGACAUGAGCGACAACGAAGUCUCCGGCAACGACUCGGAACGCUCGAAUUCCAGUCGCGACAACGACGCCGUUCACGAUUCCACCGAAGAUGAGCCCGAUUCGGACGACAGCUCCGAAAUGGACGAAGGCGAGUGCGAAACCCGAAGGAACGCUUUACUCCAGCACGUUCAAGAUCUCGAGAACCAGUUCGGGCACCUUCGAGAGCAACUCUACAGAGAAAGACUUUCGCAGGUUGAAAUGCAGCUCGCCGAAGUCAAAACUGGCAAGUCCCGUGAAUACUUAAUAUCGCUUCAAGAGCUCCAAGACAACAUGAGGAUAAGAACUGAGGUGGCUGGUAUACUGAGGCAAUUGAGGCUUCAAAAUAUUACUAACCAAUAUGAGGGGGAAGAGCAAGCAGCCCAGCAAAAUUUCGAAAGCGAAAAAAACCUGGCUUGUGAUUACUAUUACAGCGAAUUAAUGGAUACUAUAAGGAGACUGGAAGAAGACAGGCACAACAGCGAGAUAAGUUGGGGAGAAGGCGGAGAAUGGGGGUCCAGAUCAAGAUCGAGGUCAAGGAGGAAAGCAGUCACAGUGUCCGGUCCUUAUAUUGUCUAUAUGCUAAAACCUCAGGAUAUUAUAGAAGAUUGGACGAUCAUUCGAAAAGCUUUAAAAAGAACGUCCUGACACACGGAUGUCAAAUUCGCAGGUUUUUUUAAUACUAAUACAUUGGAGUAUUAAGUAUGAUUUAGUAUAUAAAGAUUAAGAUUAUUCUUAUAGAAAUAAAAAUUUAGUAAUUUCAUCAAAUUACCAAAUUUAUAAAUAAGAUAUUUGGCUUGUCUUCUGAUAAAUCGAUAUUGAUUCUGUGUUUUAAUUUAUUUUAUUUUUAUUAAAAU